AUGUCAUCGAUGCAUACAUCAUCAAAAAUUCGUAUUGGUCAUCCAACAUUUAGUCGAUCGAUUGAGUCUCAUGGAAGUGUUCAUUCAGCUGAUAUGAAUUAUCAACCAUGGCGUCGCACAGGAACAAUUUGUAGUGAAGAUGUUGGUACUCAAACUGAACAUAGUGCUGGUGGAAGUAUAUCAAGUGGUGGACGAGUAUUAUUAGAUGAAAUAAGACGACGACGAGAAGAUACAAUUGUUGGUAUUAGUCUUGAAUCAAUGAAAUAUAAUGGAGCUAUACCAUUUCGUCAAUUACAACGACCCGAUCGUUUACCACGACAAAGUUCUCGUCAAAGUGAAUGUGACGGUUCAUUACAUGGUGAUUUGAUGUCGAAUACAUCUCAAACAAAUGCAACGGGUAAUUUAAAUUCAAAUGUCGAAAAACAAAAAAUUCGUAUGUCAACACCAGCAAAUAAUACAACAAAUUCAACUGAUUUAACAUCUGUUGCUGUUACAAAUCCUUCAUCAGUAUUAAUACAUACAAAUAAAUUAAAUAAUGAUGAUACAUUAUCGUCUCAAACACUUGUUAAUUCACGUUCCGAUGAAACAAAACGUGUUGAACGUACAACACGAAAAGAAUGUUUUCGUUUAGGAAGACGAAAAUUACUAUUUGAAAAACGUCGUAAAGCAUCGGAUUAUGCUUUGUUUUUUGCCAUGAUUGGCCUUCUAUUGAUGGUGCUUGAACAAGAAUUAACAAUGGCUAAAAUUUAUGACAAGGACAAUUGGUGCUCGUUAAUUCUUAAAUCAUGUAUAACUUUAUCUACAUUAAUAUUAGUUGGUAUGAUUAUUUUCUAUCAUGCACUUGAAGUUAAAUUAUUUAUGAUUGAUAAUUGUUUGGAUGAUUGGCGAAUAGCUAUGACAUGGCAACGUAUACUUCAAAUAAGUGCUGAAGUUGCAAUUUGUGCUAUUCAUCCAAUACCUGGUAAAUUUGAAUUUAAAUGGACAACACAUAUGUCAAAUAAAUCAGAUUAUCAGACACCAAAAACAGCUCAUGUUUAUAUUGAUAUAUUACUUUCAUUACCUAUGUUUAUACGACUUUAUUUAAUAUGUCGUGUAAUGCUUUUACAUAGCAAAUUAUUUACAGAUGCUUCAUCGAGAAGUAUUGGAGCUUUUAAUCGUAUUAAAUUUAAUACAAGAUUUGUAUUGAAAACAUUAAUGACAAUAUGUCCAGGAACAGUUUUACUUGUUUUUAUUCUUUCACUUUUUAUUAUUGCUAGUUGGACAUUAAGAGCAUGUGAAAGUAAUCAUGAUCCUAAACAUCAUGGAAAUCUUCUUAAUUCAAUGUGGUUAGUUGCUGUUACAUUUUUAGCUAUUGGUUAUGGAGAUUUAGUACCAAAUACAUAUUGUGGUCGUGCUAUUUGUGUUGCAUCUGGUUUAAUGGGUGUAUCUUGUACUGCAACAAUGGUUGCUGUACUUGCUCGUAAAUUAGAAUUAACACGUGCUGAAAAACAUGUGCAUAAUUUUAUGAUGGAUACACAAUUAACAAAACGUUUAAAAAAUGCUGCUGCUAAUGUUUUACGUGAAACAUGGUUUAUAUAUAAAUAUACAAAAUUAGUAAAAACUGUAAAUGUAUCAAGAGUACGUUCUCAUCAAAGAAAAUUUCUUCAUGCUAUUCAUAGUUUAAGAAAAGUUAAAUUAGAUCAAAGAAAAUUAACAGAUAGUGUUAAUGCUGUAUCUGAUAUACCACGACUUCAAUCAUCUGUAUAUGAUGUUGUUUCACAAAUGGUUUCAAAUCAAACUAUUCUUGAAUCAAAAUUUUAUGAUUUAGAUUCAAGAAUUAUGACUUUACAGUCUCAAAUUGAAAAUUUACCAAAUUUAAUGGCAUCAGCAGUUAAUGAACAAAAUAAUCGUUUAUGGCAACGUUUAGAAACUCAUGUUCAAGCACAACUAAAUACAAUACGACAAACUUUCCCAACAAUAUCUGUGACCUGUCCUCAACGGCAAAAUACUGUGUGA